AUGGUAGCGAGAGGAGACAGGAAAGAAAAAGUUGAAAAUAAGUAUUGUAAUUGGCUGUUGUGGCUACAGGAAAGAUUGGAGCUCCUCUCCGUCUAUCAGACAUUGCCAAUGGAACUGCCGUCACCAAAGGUCCAUCUUCUCCUUUCCACCGCUAUCGGCAGACCGGUGUCUCCAGAUGAUUCCACGAAUGCGAAACUGCAAGAAGCAACAUCAACUCUUUCACAAAUUUCAAAGGUUAUUGACUCGGUGAAGAAGAAAGUUGAUGCUGAUCGUUGUGUUUAUAUCAUGAAAAGAAUGAAAGAGAACCAGAUUAAACUGGCUGAAAUUACCAAGAAUCAUCACAGGUUGUCUGUAGAAAGAAGAAACCUUAGGAUUAUAAAUGGAGACAACAUCAUCAAUUUAUUGGAAAAGAGACAGAAAGAUGCAAUCGAUAUGCAAGAUGGUGUUGACAUCAGCUCUGAAGAAGAUGAACAUGUUUCUGUUGUUCUCCUUGGAUCCGGGAUUCCAGUCAAGAAUUCUGUUAGGCCCAUCAAUCUUCCAGAAAUGGAGAAACUUCCUCCAUAUACCACAUGGGUUUUCAUGGAUAGAAAUAGAAGAAUGACAGAAGAUCAAUCUGUAGUGGGUAGAAGGAGAAUUUAUUAUGACAGAAAUGGAGGUGAAGCUUUAAUCUGCAGUGACAGUGAGGAAGAAGUUGUUGAUGAUGAAGAGGACAAGAAAGAGUUUGUUGAAUCUGAAGAUAACAUCAUCCGAAUGACUAUCGAACAACUUGGAUCAUCUGACACUGUCUUGGAUUUACUGGCUCAACGUUUGUCUAGAAAACCCUGCGAAGUGAAGACAAGAUAUGAAGCUCUUGUUAGUAGAGAGAAUAAAUACGAGGAUACAGACUUCAAUUUGAAUUCAUUUCUUGAUAAAGAUCUUGAAGCAGCUCAGGAUUCAUUAGACAACCUAUUUUGUCGCAGAUGCCUUAUAUUUGACUGUAAAUUACAUGGAUGUUCACAGGAGCUUAUAUUUCCUGCUGAAAAGAACUAUACAUGGAACACUAAAGAUGAUGAAAAUGUCCCAUGUGGCCCACAUUGUUAUCUCAAGGUCCAAAACAUAGAGGUCAAUCCAGCAACAUCUCCUAUGGAGCUCGAUACUCAACACACAAAUAAACUCUCAUCACCAUAUAACAUUAGACAACAUGUAACUCUUCAAAGAAAUACCAAAAGUACCCCCAAUCAUGGCUCAAAAGAUACAGAUUUUCCAUCUAAUUCACAUAAAGAUUAUAAAUACUGGCGAACUAUUGAAAAAUCUCUUUUCGAAAAGGGUCUGGAGAUUUUCGGUAGAAACAGCUGUCUGAUAGCUAGGAAUCUUUUGUGUGGUUUAAAGACAUGUACAGAGGUUUUUAAUGUCCUCAAAUGUUACAACAAUAACUUAUCUUCUCAAGUGAACAAUAUCACAAAUUCUCAAAGUGACAGCUGCAAGGUUGAAAGUAAUAAUAAUAAUAAUAUGAUAAAAAGAUCAAGAUUGUUACGUAGAAGAGGUAGAAUCCGGCGUUUCAAGUACACGUGGAAGUCAGGUGGGACCCAUUCAAUGAGGAAACGUAUUUCAGAUAAACAAGAUUUGCCAUGUCGGCAGUAUAAUCCAUGUGGGUGUCAAUCGACAUGUGGCGACAACUGUUCUUGCCUUGCAAAUGAGACCACUUGUGAAAAAUACUGCGGUUGCCCGAAAACCUGCAAAAAUCGUUUUCGGGGAUGCCAUUGUGCGAAAAACCAAUGUAGAAGUCGUCAGUGCCCGUGUUUUGCUGCUAAUAGAGAAUGUGAUCCAGAUGUAUGUCGACAUUGUUGGAUUAGCUGUGGUGAUGGAAGUCUUGGAACCCCUGGUCAAAAGGGUGAUAACUACGAAUGCAGGAACAUGAAGCUUCUCCUCAAACAACAACAAAGGGUUUUGCUAGGAAGAUCUGACGUGUCGGGCUGGGGGGCUUUCUUAAGGAAUAGUGUAGCUAAACAUGAAUAUUUGGGUGAAUACACGGGAGAAUUGAUCUCACAUCAUGAAGCUGACAAACGUGGAAAAAUAUAUGAUCGUGAAAAUUCUUCGUUUCUCUUCAACCUUAAUGAUCAAUAUGUUCUUGAUGCUUUCCGUAAGGGUGACAAAUUGAAGUUUGCCAAUCAUUCUCCAAAUCCAAAUUGUUACGCAAAGGUAAUUAUGGUGGGUGGAGAUCAUAGGGUGGGUAUAUUUGCUAAGGAAAAAAUAUGGGCCGGGGAAGAGGUGUUCUAUGACUAUCAUUAUGCUCCGGACCAGACUCCAGCCUGGGCAAAGAAGCCCGGGGAGUCUGGUCCGAAGAGAGAAGAUAUGGCUAGUUCGAGUGGUCGGGCCAAGAAGCGCGCUUGAGUUCCAUAUGGUUUUCUUGUUACUAUGUUUAUAACAAAUAUAGCGGUUUUUGUUUUGGAAAAUUAUAUAUUAAUAUAAUAAUGAUGGCAAAAUGUGAAUAUAUGGUUUAUAAGUUAAUAAAUAGUGUUGGGUUCGUUAAAG